UCUAAAAGUGUUCUGUGGUCAUCACUCAUCAGUCAGUCUGUGUCAUCGUAGAGUGUCUGUAGUGCGUGCCUCCCGCGGUUUUGAAUUCUCGCGUGUGUUUGAAAUUGGAAUAGUGUUUGUUUUUUAAAUAAUGGCUUGCCCUAUGAGGUCAGGCAUGGAUGAUCCCGCUCAAGACGGAGAUCAGCUCGGCAAUGAAGCCGGGAUGCUGUAUGGUGAAUACCUGAUGCUGGACAAAUUGCUCGCUGCACAGAGGAUGCUGAGUGCAGAGACUUCCAAACCAGUGCAUGAUGAACAUCUGUUUAUUGUCACACAUCAAGCAUACGAGCUAUGGUUCAAGCAGAUAAUCUUUGAAGUGGACUCGGUGAGAUCUACGCUGAAUGUGGAAGGUCUGGAUGAAAGUCAUACAAUGGAAAUACUGAAGAGACUCAACCGAGUCGUCUUAAUACUCAAGCUACUGGUUGACCAAGUGAUGAUCUUAGAAACUAUGACACCGCUGGACUUCAUGGAUUUCCGAAAUUAUUUGCGGCCAGCGUCCGGAUUUCAGAGUCUCCAAUUUCGUCUUCUUGAAAAUAAGUUGGGCUUGAAACAAGCACUGCGUGUUAAAUAUAACCAGAACUAUCAGACUGUGUUUGGAGACGAUCCUGAAGCAAUGGAGGCAUUGAGAAAAUCAGAAGAAGAACCAGCUCUGUUAGCGCUAAUAGAGCGAUGGUUGGAGCGUACUCCAGGUCUCAACACCCACGGGUUCAACUUCUGGGGUAAAUUCCAGGCCACUGUAAACAAAAUGCUGGAAGAAGACAUUGAGACAGCAAUGCAAGAGCCAAACGAGAUGGUACGAAACCAUCGUCUCAGGGACAUUGAGAAUCGUCGAGAAAUAUAUCGCUCCAUAUUCGACCCGGCCGUUCAUGAUGCAUUGAGGUCCAGAGGGGAGAGGAGGUUGAGUCACAGAGCGCUGCAGGGAGCCAUAAUGAUUACGUUCUACCGCGAUGAGCCUCGGUUCUCUCAGCCGCACCAGUUGCUCACUCUUCUCAUGGAUAUGGACAGUCUUAUCACCAAAUGGCGAUAUAACCACGUGAUAAUGGUGCAGCGUAUGAUUGGGUCACAGCAACUUGGAACUGGUGGCUCUUCAGGCUACCAAUAUCUGCGUUCUACUCUAAGUGACCGCUACAAAGUGUUCCUGGAUCUGUUCAAUCUAUCAACAUUCCUACUUCCUCGAGCGUUGAUUCCUCCUCUGGAUGGCGGCAUGAAGAAGGACCUCAACCUGACCUGGGGCGAUCAAGUCAAGGAGAACGGACAAGAAAAUGGCAUUGAUUCGACUUUAUAAGGCUUCCUGUUAUUAAUAUGUAUUAUUAUAUAGUUAUCAUGGUUUCCAACAUAAUAAACAAACUUAUUUAUUUAUACGGCUUUACUCACGUUUUAUCUGUGUGGGUACCGACUAGUUUCGGACCAUUCGGAAGUCCAUUCAUGGUGAGUGUAGUGGAUUCGCGAUAACGUCCCGUCUCUUACUGCGGACUUGGGCUGGUAGUGCGCGGCUGGAUAGGGCGGGGGGCGCGGGAGCGCGGAGUAAAAAAUGUAAACUACGUGAUCAUCGGCACUAUGGGUCUUAUUGCGAGAUACGUUUUGUAACACUGGUUUCCAAAUAGGAGGCAGAGCUCAAAUCUUUCUCUAUUAAAAGUAGUUCGACGUUCAAUUUAUAUGGCUUCCAGCAGCUUGCGAGACACAGAGUUUUUAUUGCGAGCCAAUACUUUCACCCUAUCGAACCUAAUAUAAUGUGACGUGUGGAGGUUUAGGGUAUGCUUUGCCACUGCCGAGGUCUUGCUGUCCAAUUUUCGUACACUGCGGAUGUGAUCGGUGAGUCUGGUUUUUAUGUUGCGUCCCGUUUCACCAGUGUAGCUUUUGCCGUCAAAAGGUAAAGCCGUAUUAAUAGAUAAGUUUAUAAUGUCUCAUGAAAGUUUUAAUAAUUUAAUUAUAAACAAAGUUUUAAUUUUCAGCCCAAUAUUAUUAAAGUUUGAGAAUGUGUUGUUAUCUACUAUGGAAGUAAAUUGAACUAAUUUUGACAUUAAUGUUACACCAAAUAAGUUAUCAAGUCUGCAUCUCGCAUAUAUCAUUCAUCAAUUUCCAAUUAUUUCAAUAAAGUAUAAUAAUAUAUAAGUAAACUUUCUAUUGUAAAAUGUUUCUUUAAUAAUAAUCGACCAUGUACUUAUUGUGUGUAAUAAAUCGCGCGCUUGACUUUAACACACUGACCUCUAUUUUAACCCACUGGACUGGCUGCUGUCAAAGUCUUUUGUGCCUAUUUGAAAUUCGCCAUUUUGGCGCUGUUGGCCAUGUAGCGAGAGUUUGUGGUACUAAAUCUAGUGAUGACAACCUUAGAAAACAUCGAUGGAUGGUGGGAAACUAUUAACAAAAAAAAUGUACUUUAUUACGUUGAUUCUUGAAGUAUAAAUAACACAGAAACCGAAAGAAAUUAAUUCAAAAUGCAAAAAUACUUCAGAGUAUUGUAAGUUGCUUCGCAGCCAUUUGUAUUAUACGUCAAAAUUAGUUCUGUGGACGCUCGCGAGUGGCGCUUCAAAUAGGCACAAAAAAUUGCUGUCAAACAUAUAGUACGGCCUGUCCAGUGGUAUUUAUAUUUUAUACAAGUCAGUGCUUCAUCAUAAUCUCAGCUGUUAAAUGACUUUAAAUACCAAAUCAAAGAUUGCGCUGAUUUUGAACUCAGCUAAGUUUUACGUAAGUAAAGUUUGAGCAAAAUCUGAGUACAUUCUGUAGAUCUCAGCCUUAGUACCCGGCUACUAGAUUAUAUACAGGUCGUUCCAAAAUUAUAACAUGGAAAAUUGAUUUAUUAAGGUAAAAUGUCGCAAUUGUAGCACCACUCGAUGUUACUAGAUUAUGUUCAAAUUAUAAUAUUCCUAGUAAUACAGCUAUAUCCGUAGAUAAAUAUUUAUAGCAUUUGUUCAAACAUAUUACUGCAAGCUAUAUAUGUAACGGAAUAUUUAAAUACGAUAUUAGACAUAUUUUAAAAUGUCCAAUCUAAAAUUUACACAUGUAUCAUCGAUGGAUGCAAAUAAAAUGCAUUAAUUCUUCCUAUAACACGGUACCCUUAUAAUGCGUUUUCAUAUGAAGCGAUUAAAAUUCGCCCUAUAACACGAGCAUCCCUUCCAUAUAACGCGUUGAUUUCAUGUACAUAUUUCUGUACUGUGAAAUUUAUAAUGAUUUGUACAGUUCAAAAUUAGCUUCGCGUACGUUUGGACCUGUGACAAUUGUGUUGUUACAAAAUUAACUUAUUUUAUUAAAUUUCUGUAUUAAAAACCUUAAUAAAAUAGUAAAACUAAGCAAACAAUUGGAAAUACUUGUUACGAAUUGUGAUUAUUAAUUAUUAUUACGAAUAACGAGGCCAGAAAACGCGUUAUAUAGAAAUACAUCUAUAAAACGUUUUCCUAUAACGCAGAUCCACUAUACUGCCUUAUGAUAUGGAUUAUCUGAAUUGACAUAACUUUUGAUAUCAUAUCCAGCUGUAAAAAAAUUCGACGCAAAAUAUGAUUUAUAGUGUGAAUUAGCAUAAAAACUGGAGCCUUCAAUUGUAAGAACAUUUCAUAUUGUUUUUAAAAAGAUAAAUAAAUAAUUUAUAGUUUA